AUGAAUUCCACAGACGGUACAAGUGAUUGGGGACAAGUGCCAACCGCAAUUGUUCUCGCAGUCCUCAUUAUUGGGACUGUGUUUGGAAAUGUGAUGGUGUGUCUAGCUGUCUAUUUCAACCGGAGGCUCCGCAACCUGACAAACUGCUUCAUUGUCUCCUUGGCCUUCACAGACUUGCUGCUGGGCCUCAUGGUGCUACCCUUUUCGGCCAUCUAUGAGGUCUCCUCCCAUGAGUGGAUCUUCAGUGUCACCUUGUGCAAUAUCUACAUCAGCUUGGAUGUCAUGCUUUGCACAGCAUCCAUCCUCAACCUCUUCAUGAUUAGCCUUGAUCGCUACUAUGCUAUCACAGCACCUCUCCGCUACAACACUAUGGUCACUCCUAAGCGGGUGGCUGUGGCUAUGUUCCUUAUCUGGGUGGUGUCACUGAUGGUCUCGUUCCUACCGAUCCACUUGGCCUGGAACACCAAUGGCAGCACUGUCCAGAACACACAGUUAACUGACGGGAAGCAGGAGUGCAAGCUGGAGGUCAAUGCUGGGUAUGUUCUGGUGGAUGGCUUGCUUACGUUCUACCUCCCUCUGCUAGUCAUGUGCAUCACAUACUACCGGAUAUUCAAAAUAGCCAGGGAACAAGCAAAGAGGAUCAACCACACCAACAGUUGCACAACCAUCAGAAAUGCAUUACCCACUGUGAAGGAACACAAAGCCAUUGUGACUCUUGCAGCUGUGAUGGGAGCCUUCAUUAUCUGCUGGUUUCCUUAUUUUACAGUGUUCACAUAUCGGGGUGUGACGGGUGAAGCAUACAAAAGCCUGAUGACCAUUGUCAUGUGGCUUGGUUACGCCAACUCAGCACUGAAUCCAGUUUUAUAUGCUGCACUGAAUAGGGACUUCCGGACAGCUUAUCAGCGGUUACUCAGGUGUCGGAGAGUGGGACCAGAUGCCAGAGAGGUUCCUCUAACACAUGAGAUGAGAAAUAAGACUUGUAAUAAGGAAAGUAAACUUCUACAGCUGCAUACAAUGAAUGGAAAGAAGAACCCUGUUGUCCAAGAUGGCACAGACAGGUAAGCUUUCUCUUACCUUUGAGGGGGAAUUGUUGUUGAGAGGGUUUUGGUGGUAGAAAAAGGGUUGGAACAGGCACCGUUUAGAUUCAGGAUGCAAGCAAAAUAUAUUUAAAGUUGCAUUUGGUGCACUGUGGGGCAUGCAUCCACUGGCAGAUUUGUUGAGAGCGAUGAAAUAAGUCUGGUUUUUCCUAACUCCAGCCCUGAUUAGUCCCACCAAGGUAUGUCCUGAACAACUUUUAAAUCUUGUGCUUUUUCCCCUGCCAGGAAGCACAGGGAGAGAUUUAACUUUGGAUAUAUUCUGUCAAACAGAGGGAACCAUCAAAGAUAUGCUACGCACACAAACACCUACACUACUAAAUAUAUUGAUGCAAUCUUCGAGCAGUGUGAGAUUCCAGGGGUUCCAGGCACUUACCCAGGGUCCUUUUCCCUUGGAAUAUGGGACAGCAGAGACUGUGGUGUUUAUGAUUUAUGGUUUAUUUACACAUAUACACAACUUGAGCAUUAACAUUCCAAAAGGAUCUGGUUUCUCCCAUAGUCACAGGCUUGGAUUCAAACAGACAUCGGAUAUUUCUCUCAAACAUUGCUCGACUCUCUUUUUCUAACUACCAGCCACUUGAGGGCAGGGGCCCCACCCAUUUGUUAUCUCACACAGAUCCACUUCCUUGGUUUCCUUAAUGGCCCAUCACCCAAGCCGGUUUCCUUAUAACUUCCUUAUUUUCCAACAGGAAGUUAGCCUGGCUUAUAUUUUAAGACUUGCUCGCUCCGGGGGUUAGAAGAGUCUCUGCACACAGUCUACUUGCCCCCACCCGAAACUCCUAGCAACAUAAAUAUACAUAAGAGAAAUAAAAUAUUUUUUUAAAAAUCCUGCUAGGUGCAUGACAGAAAAUGCUGAGGAACUAAUAAGCUGUAUCCGUACUAAAUGGAACAACAGUCUCUUGGGUUUGAAAGUGACUGGCAAAGGGGAAGGUAGACUGCUGCACUGCAGAACACUCCUUUUUGCAACUUUGGCAGUCACUGCAUUUCAGAUCCACACAUGUUGUGCUUGCAUGUGGCUUGAGUGGCAGCCAAGUUCAUUAAUCAGUCAAGCUCCCACUAUAUCUGUUAAUUAAAUUCUAGUCUGGGCUCUUCCUUUUCAAUAACAUGCAAGAUAAUACAACUAUUAUCUUAGUUAUUAAGACUUAGUAUAUGGGAAAGACAGAUCUCUGCAGUACCGGCUACAGGGGGAUUGGGGGAUGGUUGCCUGGCUCUGUGCAAAGAUACCCAGGUUAUGUUUCUUGUAUUUAAUGGCCCAUUCCUAGAUUACUUCAGCAUAGCAGGAAUACAUGGUGAGAACAUAAUAAGAGCCUGGCUGGAUCAGACCAAAGGCCCAUGCAGUCCACCCCCCUGUUUCCCAGAUUCCUGUGGGAAGUCUGCAACAUGGAGUGCAAAGUUCUCCUGGAAGUUACAAUACUGCCAUGGCAAUCCCUUCCACAUGGUCUUAGGAUCGUGAUAUUAUUGGGAAGCAAUCACAUUUCAGAAGCAUCCACGUUGCUGAGGUAACAUAGGGAUGGGCCCUAAAGUAUAUAAUUCUUCAUUAUGACUGUCGAAUGAGAAGCAACUGCUCGAAUGAGAAGCAACAUUAAGCCAGGUUUCUCUUUCGCAAUCAGUCACUAUUUCUACAUGCAAUAGUCUCCAAUAGCUUUGUUUAGUCUCUGAUAGCCAUUUAUUUUUGUCAUUUUGGAAGCAAUGCGGAGGAUUGUGUGCCUUGAUUUUCGUUGUUGUUGUUCAUACAAAAAAUAGGCAGAGAUGAAAUUGGGUCAGUCCACUCCCCUGGAAAGGUACCAAUGUAUCUCAAAAUUAGAGCUUCCUGUCAUGAACAUUUGGUACUUUCAGUUCUACAUUGAUUCAGUUGUGCAGUGGAAUGAGUAAAGAACAUCCCUAUUUCACUAGGUAGAGGGGAUUUGUUCUUCUGAAGAGACUAGAAAGUGUGAUAUGCACAUACAGUAGCUAAGUGGAUGUUUGAGAUAAGCAGGAACAAAUUUGCGAAGGUUCCAAAUGUAAGAUGCAGAAAGAAGAAGCAGGGUAAUCAGUGCCAGAAGAAUUUAGGUAGGUCUGAUUACCCUGGUUAUAAGGAUUUACACUCCUAAAGGCCAAAGAAAAUAGGAGUGCGGGUAUGUAGUAUAAUUUCAUUGCUUCCUAUAAGCAAUUCUGACUUUCACCUCCUUCCAAAGCUUUGAUCUGAUCCCAUGGCUGCAACUUGAUAAGCAGCAAGGAAACUUUCCAUCUGGCAGAUAGCACUUACUUUCACUGCCAUGGCUCCAGGAAGUUCCAACAAAGGGUUGAUUCUUUUGUUUUAUCACAGCUGACCCUGGGAUAAGGUAGUGAGGCAAAAGGAUUUAUCAACAGCAAUGGUACACCUGGGUGCCAACAGCUAGGACUGGUGCUGCUGCCUCGUCGUAUGUUACAAUGAAAAUGUCUCCAAAGCACAGAUUUAUGGCACAAUUGUGUCAUUUUCAGAUGCAAUAGCACCGAGAGAUUUUAUCUGCUGCUCUUUAGAAACCAUGAUGAAUCACUCUGUUUCGAUUCCUUAACAGUUUUUUAAAUGAUGGCAAGGGCAAACUUUAAAUAUAUGGGCUUCUGUUCCAUGAUGUAUUUCUGUUCCAAAAGUUUUGUUAAGGUUACUAUGGACUGUGGUUCACCUGAUGGUUCAACCACUCAGCACUUUAAUGGAGAGAGAAUGAUUCUUAUGCAUAUGUGUGAUCUGCAUAAUCGGGACUAGCAGGACAUAGCUGACUUUCCAGAGUAAGCAAAAGGUUGUUGAGGGUAGUUUUCAGUGUUGGAUUUUGGGUGCACAGGGCACCAAGCCGAGAGGACAUGAAAGAACAACAACAACAUAAAAAACAACCCUAUAUUUAUAUGGGUAAAAAAGGAAAGGGACCCCUGACCAUUAGGUCCAGUCAUGACCGACUCUGGGGUUGCGGCACUCAUCUCGCUUUAUUGGCCGAGGGAGCUGGUGUACAGCUUCCGGGUCAUGUGGCCAGCAUGACUAAGCCGCUUCUGGCAAACCAGAGCAGCGCAUGGAAAUGCCGUUUACCUUCCCGCCGGAGCAGUACCUAUUUAUCUACUUGCACUUUGACAUGCUUUCAAACUGCUAGGCUGGCAGGAGCUGGGACCAAGAAAUGGGAACUCACCCCGUCGUGGGGAUUCAAACCGCCGGUCUUCUGAUAGGCAAGUCCUAGGCUCUGUGGUUUAACCCACAGCGCCACCCACAUCCCAAUUUAUAUGGGUACCUAUUCAAUUAUUGUGAAAAUAAUAAAUAUGGGGGGGGCACAAAAUUUUACCCUCACUCAGGGUGCCAUAUUACCAAAGUCUGCCCCUGGUGGUUCUCUCUCUAGCUUUGUGUUAUGCUACGCAUCCUCCAUGACAGCCAUUUUGUGACUGACAUCCCCUAACACUCCCUCAAAAUUUGAAAUAUGCACACUAGUCCAAAAAGUUUGGUGAUCCCUGCAUUACUGGCAACCCCUGCACCAAUCCACUUCAGUUGCACAAACCUACAUUACUGGCAUGCACUUGAAUCUGUACCGUAAAAUACUGAGUCUGGAAGGGACCUGAAUACAUGUUGGAGUUCCCUGUGGCUGUCAUUUAAGCAUUUAACAGCAUACGUUUAGCAGCCUAUGAAUGUCUACUUGGAAGUAAAUCCCACUGAGUUCAAUAGGACUUACUCCCAAGUAUGAUUGCAGCCUAAAUAAGUGGCUCAGUUUGAAGAGUAAGUAAUGUAAAAGUAAAUGAGCUCCACUCACUGAAUCAGCUUGGUUCAGCAGAGUAAUUUUGAUAACAUGAGUACUUUGUGUAAAUUAGAAAACUCCUUUUCUGAGAAAACUCUCCCUAUUGGUGCAGACGAUGCAUUUCUGCAAAUCAGGCCCAUUAGUUACUGCCAUCUUCUAAAUCAAAGCAACAGCUUCAUUCUGAAACUCUCGUAAGCAGCACUUUCUCAGUUUUUCCUCUGCAAUAAGAUACCACCAGAGAAUAAAGGAGUCCAGGAAAUGGGACAUGAAAGUGGACAUGGAGAGAGUUCAUUGAAGAAAUGCUGGAUUCACUGGAAUAGUUUAAUAAGCAGCAGAGGUGACUGGGAGAAGCAGCUUAUGGCUGGAAGCUAAAAUGACACCAAUUCCUAUUGAAACAAAAGGCAAACAGCAUAGGUAAUUUGUCACCAAGGCCUGAUCUGUAGAAGUAUUUCAAUCUCAAAUAGGUUUUUUAUAGGGUGUCCAACAGUCCAGGCAGAAAUUAGACCAUGGACAGGCUUUAUUGUCGAAAAUAAAAUAGCAUUUACUUUGUCUGAAUGUUCCCUGCAACAUACUUAGGCAAUCCAGUUCAGAGCUCUCCAUUCUCUACAAUGGAGUCACCUUGUCUUUGAUACCUGAAAUGCUGCCACACGACUUGCAGCCAGGCCCCAGUCACAUGUAAGUGUAAAAGCCAAUGCUUCCAUGUAGUUUUUAGGUUGGCUGGGAUCUGCUUCAUAGAGCAUGUUACUCUGGAGUUAUGUGAGCUACACUGGCUUCUAGUUUGUUUCCAAAUGCAAUUUCAAUUGCUGGUGACUGUAGAGCUCUAAAUGGUUGGUUAUAUGAAUGGCCUUUUUGGUGGACUCUUCUUCAUUGGAGGUUCCUAAGCAAAGGUUGGAUGGUCAUCAGUCAGGGAUUCCUUGGUUGUGAUUCCUGGUUGGACUAGAUAACCCUUGGGUCCCUUCCAACUCUAUAAUUCUAAGUCUGUCAGCCUUGUCAUCUUUGUGUUCAAAGGCUCUGUCAACUGAGACACAGUACAGGGUCUUCUCAGCAAGGGCCUUCUCAUUCCACCAAGACUGUAGAGUGCUUUUACCUGGGACACCAAUUUGGUUCUCUUUCUUUUAGCCUUUGGGCAAAUGUUCACGACAUACCUCUUUUUCACCGGGCUUUUGCAUUGCACCCUGCUGCUACAACUAGUUUUUAGCAUUGCUCUGUUUUUUUAAAUUCUCAGUUCUUUUGUAUGUUUUACUGUGAUAUUAUUGUGAUUUCCUAUGCAUUUGUUUUUCAUUAUGCUGCAAGCUGACCUGGGGACUCUUGUCCCCAAAAGGUGAGGUAUCGGUCUUCCAAAUAAAUACACAACCACUACCAUUUCCGUGAUGGCAGCAUCUCAAAGGAGCAUCACAGAAAUCUCAGCAGCCACAUUAAUGCUACUCAUGUAGCAUUCAGUUCACACAGAUAGCAAGUCCGCAUGAGCCAAGGCUGGAGGUGUCACACACACUCUUCCUGGGGUGACCCUGGCAAGGCUACCCUGUGUAUAUGGCACCAACACUCAUUCUUUGUCUCAUUGAAUGAACCUGUUUGAACCUGUUUGAAGGGGGGGAAAUAUGCUGAGCAACAUAAUUAAUUGGAGGUACUCACCUCAGCAUAGGCAUGCCUGUCAACUGUCCCAGAAAAACCAGGACAUCCCAAUUCCCCCUGCAAAAAUACAGCCAUAUUGGGCAUCUUGCUUUUGUUCAAUUUUGGGCCCCCCAAAAAGCGAUCUCACACAGGGCCCCCAAACACGUUUUUUGGGCACUGUACACCCAAAUAGCUCUUUUUUCAGGUCCAUGAUCUCACAUGCAUCAUGUGACUCAUGUGGGAUUUUGGACCAGGAAGAUGGUACCCUGGAUUUGGGCCAUGUUGUGUUGGAGGAUAUGCAUAGGGUAUUAUGAACAGGGUGGCCACUUACAUAUUGCAAAAAAGAGGACAAAUGAGGGCAUAUAUUUGCAUUAAAAUGCAUAUGCUCAUUUAUAUGUAUAGCUAUGAAUUGAAGAAUGAGUAUUAUAAUUUAAAGAGAAAUACAACGGUAGGGAAGAUUGUGACCAACUGACUAACUGAUGAGGGGCAACUUCAAGGCCCCUCCUGCUCUUCUUUCUUAGGGUUCUUCGACGGCCCAGCCUUUCAGAUAGAGGAUGCAUUCAAGCAGAGGACUGUCCUCUGUAAUAUACAACAUAUGACCACCCUAAUGAUUAAAGUUAUAGGGUGAGUAAUCUUGAGAAUAUAAACACUGAGAUCCUAGAGUAAAACAAGAAAUGCACAUUCUUGCUUUGUUCCAAAAGGCAUUCUGAUCUGUGCUUAUAUUUAUUCUUCUUGAGAUGGUAUAUUUUGAAGUCAAAUAUACUAAUCUGUAUUAUACGAAGAAGCAAAACUAGACUCCUGUCUGAGGUGAAUUUCAGAUCAGAUUUUGAACCUUUUUUCCACCAGAAAGUUCCACACCCUUUUUCAGUAUUGUUUUUACUUUAGACCAGAGGUUUCCAAACUGUGGUCUGUUGAGAAGUUGCAUCCAGGUGUUCCAUGGCAAGCCUGUAAGAUCACAACUCAAAAUAAUACAGCACCCAACACAGCACAUUAUGAUUGCUACAGCAGAUAGAAAAAUCAUUAAGUUGUCCACCAACCUUCAGUAGUUUUCAAGUGGACACUGGGUGGGAAAGUUUGAGUACUACUACUUUAGACAGACCAACUGCACAUUCCCUUACCAAUUGACAAGGAACUACAUGUGACAGAAGCAGACUGAUGGGAAUCUAAAUUUAAAACAAUAAGCUAGCAUCAGUGUGGGGGGUGGUGGUAGGGAGCUGAACCAUCCCUCUGGUUAUACAUGUUCCCCAAUAACAACUGCUCACAGUUGUUUCCUCCCACCCCCAGCCAAGCUCCAAAACCAGACAUGACAACUGGUGGGAGAAAAAGUGGUUGGAGCAUAGCAGCUUGAGGGGGGGAAGUGGGGAUGUGGGGGUUAAGUCCUACCAGCCACGUCCAACCAAGCUGUGCUUUCGAUCCCAAGACCCAACCCAUUUCUAUAAUUCAGCAAGACCUCAGCUGGGUCUUGUCCCUUUCAUGUUUACAUUGAUCUUGGAGGUGAUCUGCAGGUUGCUGCUUGGACCUGUCAAAUAUGAGGAGAAAUAUGCUCAUUUUCCCUGCAGAAGUAACUGCAUUACCGGUCACAAAUGAGACUGCUUUGAAUUGUAAUUCUGGUUUUCCUUGCCUGUUCAUCUCGGAACUGGAGCAUAACAUAAACCAGAGCACAUGGAACACAAUGUGUUAUCGUGCAGCCAAGUAACAGGAUAAUAAUAGUCUGAAUCGCGCAUAUAUAUAUAUAUAUAAUUCUCAGCAUAUUGUUGUCUUGUGUCACUGACAAAUCUUUCUUUCUCUUUCUCUCUCUCUCUUUAACCUUUUCAGCUCUGGGCCUUUUCCCUAAAGUGCACACAGGCCAGGCCAGGCCUUUAACAGUGGUCACUGUGACAUAGCUCUCACUGUCCUCUUCCAAAAAAACCAUUGAGGACAGAAGGACAAAGUUAGAUUUUCCGCUGAGGGAAGCUUAAAAUCGGGGGCACUUGGGUGAGUACAAGGGGUGUCACAUCUAGAAAGAGAUAAAGCUGUUCUGCAUAGCCCAAUUGAAUCUCCUUCCUUCUACGGCCAACAGGAAUCCCUGGAUUAGGUAGUGUUGCGUCUUUUCCCCAGAGAGACAUUCCUUCCGUUUAUAAACAGCUGCCAGGCAUCUCCAUGCUAGGGAAAAACGGCACAGCUUAUGCGAUCUCUGUCCAUUGCACAGCUGCUAAAAGGUGCAGAACCUCUGUUGAGAAAAUACCCCAGAUUGGCUCGCAGGCAGGAAUGGGGCCACCCCAUUUCUUUCCAGUUCAGGCCGAUACAAUACCGUCCCACUUUUCCUGUCCCUGUAGCUGCUUCCAGUGAGUGUUUGUCAUGAGAUCGGUGCAGGCUUUCUGCAGCAUCCCCACAACAUAGUUGGCAUUAAAGUAUAUGCCUUCUACCACUUAUCAUGAUAGCUAAAUCUCAAAGUAGUUUACAAAGAUAGAACUAAAUCAACAUGGUUGCAGAUCUGAGUUGUGGAAGGGUCUGUGGGUAGGAAGAGGGAUCUUGAGACGAGGCCUGAGAGAAGAGUUGAAGGCAGACAGGCCUAGUAUUGUCAUUAGUGCUUGAGUAGGAAUGACUAAGGUUGAUUUCUUAAGAAUGGCCCACUGUCCAUCUCUACAAAUAACUGUCUGGCUGAGUUACUGGAAUAGGCCCCCAGUAUUUCUCUUGCGUCACAUUCUGGGCUCCCUUUGGAUUUUCCCCCAAAUAACCUUCAGGAACUUCCCCUAGGUUCCAGUAAUAUUCAGUCAGCUGCUUACUCAUUUCUCACAGGACAAGGGAGAUAUGACCAUUUUCUCCAAGUUUCUGAUACUAAUAAAAUGAAAACAGCAUCACAUAUGUCUUCAUGAGGAGAAAGAAUGUUGCUAUGCCCCUAAGGCAGCAGUUCUCAACCUGUGGGUCCCCAGAUGUUGUUGGACUACAACUCCCAUCACCCCUAGCUAGCAAGGCCAGAGCUAGGGAUGAUUGGAGUUGUAGUCCAACAACAUCGGGGACCCACAGGUUGAGAACCACUGCCCUAAGGGGAGCACUAGGCCCAUGUUUCCAUCAUAAUGGUGGGAGAAUGAGGGGUGCAGAAGGAAUUUGAAAGGCUGGAUGGUCAUGAGUGCUUAACCCUUUCUGCAUCAGUCCCCAGUUCUUUCCAACACUGUAAAAUGAGUUUUUCCCAACCAGAAACAAACACAUCUUGAGCAGGAGAUGGAGAGAGCAGCCUGCCCAUGCAAGCACCCCUUGCUGUUGCAUUCAUAACAUAUUUGUCAUCGGAACAAACAAUUGCGGAAAUAAAUAACAUAUAGUUCUGCCCUGUAGUACCGACUAAACAAAAUGAGGACUCUGCUUUUGUUGGGCUUACCUACAGUUCCUCUUGUCCCGCUGCUUCCCCAGGGGGAACUGCUCUUUUGCACUCAAUCAGAGCAAAGGGAAAUUCAGGUUUUCUGCAGGUUGCCGUUUGUUCCGAUUUAGAGCUAAAGAGGUAUUCCUUGGGGAAAAAGCAGGGUGAUAGGGAAACCGCUUAUCCCGGGAUUUCUUAGCACAGGGCAAGCAGAAGUGUGGAUAAGCCCAUUGACUGGCAAGUCUCACCCACUAACGGAUUUUGAAGCAAGUUACUUUUUAAAAAAUGUAUAUUUUCCUGUCACAAAUGACAGUACAUCAUAAGGAAGCACCCCUAAGAUGCAGGCUAAAACAUGUAAGGAUUUGAGAGCAAGGGCAGAACUGACACAAAAUUGUUAAGAUGCUUGAACAGGCAGUGUCACCGCCGUCGUCACAUUCUCUGUACUUUCUCUGCAAAGCAAAGAGUGAGAUAAUAGAAAGCCUAUCACAGGUCACAUUGCCAAGGAGAAAUUUUAUCACUCUGCUUCAGCAUGUACAGGAUGUGAUAGAACAGCACAGCAUGUAACUUAGUGAGAAAGACCCACUCUCUCAUUUGGAUGUGCUUCCCCUACAUGUGAUAGUCCUUGUGGGGCUUUUAGUUUGCAAGAUAUCCUGCUCAUUGCAAGGCAGGUAUAUGUAAACACAUGUAUAAAUAUGCUGAAACAGUCACACGUAUGCUUUUGUCUUGCCUUUGAAAUAAUUUCAAGGCAGUUUGCAAGUCCAAUUUAAAAUCAAUAAACAAACCAUAUCCAAAUAUCAAAAGUCACCAGGGGAUUCCACCCCACACAGGGCAGCUAACGGUAGAUGACCCUGUGGGGAGAGGGGAAAGUCCUGCAGGAGCAAGCUCUAAUGCAGGCAUAGGCAAACUCCGGCCCUCCAGAUGUUUGGGACUACAAUUCCCAUCAUCCCUAGCUAACAGGACCAGUGCUCAGGGAUUAUGGGAAUUGUAGUCCCAAACAUCUGGAGGGCCGGAGUUUGCCUAUGCCUGCUCUAAUGCCUUCUAUGCCUACUGUUAGCAAGGAAGAAACCAUACUGUGAAAUUUCCACCUUAGCAACUGCUUUUUGUUGACUUCACAGUUGCCUUUCCAAGUGUUACUGUUCUUUUUUAUUAUUAUUUCUGCCAGUUCUUAUGGGUGUCCCAGAGGUGGCUGCAUGUCAGUAGCUGCCUUUUUGAAGAUUCCAUCGUUUACAUACUUUUUCCACAAACCCAUUUCAGCUAUGCAAAUGACUUCCAUUUUCAACAAGCAUUCCUAGUGGGGCAGGCAUUGCAUUGUUAUUUAACCCCCCCCUUACAUGUUUUUGAUCCACAGUGAUGAUGGAAAGUGAGUCUAAUCCACAUGUCCCUUUUGCCCCACAUUUUCCAGACACAGGUCCUCACUUUAAAGCUCCACGUUGGAACACUCUUUUUCCCCCCCUUUGCCCCAGAGUUUUCCCCAUGAAAGCCCACUCUUUCAAGCUGAAGGGCAUCAAACAGUAAUUUGGGUUUUUCAUGGAUUGCCGCUUGCUCCAACCCAGCUUUAAAGAGUGGGUUUUCACAGGGAAAGCUCUUGAAUGAAAAAGGCAGGGAGCUUGGUCUCAGAGCUUUAAAGUGGCUGGAAAGUGUGGAGGUGGAAGGGUAAGCAUGGAUAAGCCCUGAGUCAUACAUGGAAAGUCAGAUUUUGAGAUUAUUUGCCAUGAGUCUGGAAAACCUGGGCAGGGCUUAGCAAAGUAAGGACAGAAUCACCUCUGCAUACCGUCCCACGACCCUCUCUUGCUGAUAACAUGUCUCAGCUUUAUUGACUGUGUCACAAGAAGGGGGAAAAACCUAGAGGUCACCUGACUGCCAAAAGGCAGAUACAAUUGUUGUGCUGGCUCCACACAGCGCACUUAUAACCUUGCCCAAGAUCACAGGCAAACAGCCGGAUGGAGACUUGAAGUAGCACUGCCCACAAGCAGCUGCUCCUGGUGGAUUUACAAGCUAGGAAGUGCAAUCAACUCACCUCUUCAGGUUUGAAAUGAGAUUUCGCCGCAAGUGUCUCUUAGCCCCGUGGUAGUGAUGUGACAGUCAGUGACCCUUGAGUGCAUCCAUCACAGAAGCCUAAAAGCAGCAGGAUGGCAGGGGCACUUGAGUGGUGCCUUUUGAAUAAAGAUGAGGGCCAGACCUGGCUGAAAGAGGAAAGGGAAGAGCUUUUGUGCUUGACCAGGCUGACUGAUAGACAUGUAAUUGAGCAUGUCACUGACAAACCUCAUCCCUGAGGCCUGCUCAGAUCUCUCACUCGGAGCAUUAACUUUCUUUUCUUAUUAAAACCUUUCAUGUUGGCAAAAUGAUCAGAUGAGAACUUCUCAAGUAGUUCGGCUGACAUCUGACUCUAGAUUGCUCUCAAGGUCUUUCCAGGUUGUUGACCCCUGGGAAGAAAGAUUACAGAUACAUUUUGCUUCACAUCAGUGGAUCUAUCCCAUUGACGGGGAAACAGAAGAAAUUAGCUUAAUAGUACAACAUCUGUCUAACACAUAUGUUCAUGUUACUAUGCAGCCUAAACCCUUUAUAGAAAAGCAGGCAAAUGGAGUUGAAAAUUGAAAGUAAACCCUUCAAACAGUUUGAGCAGGCCACUGUUGCAUUUUGGCCUACAGGAAAUUCAUAUGAGCUGGUGGCCUCCACAAGAGCACUUUGAUAACCCAGUGCCACAAGAAUGUUAAAUGCCUCUGUGGGACAACCCAUGCAAAGGGACUGAUCAAGAUGCUCCAGAGCAACUACAUGAGGGCUGUGCUCACCCUGCUGCCAUUUCUGCAACUGUGGUGGCUGAUCAAGGGGUACCACACUUGUGGGAAUCCUGAUAUAUGCACAGCUUCCAUGUGAAUGUGCUGUUUUAUCCAGAUGACAACUCCACGUGAGCGUCUUCGAGUCAGAAGCUUUGUGGUAAAUCACUCUCAGAGAGAGGCUGCAAACUAGUUUGAACUUGCCCUGCAAAGAUGUCUCUGUCUGUUACAAACCCAUCAGCCAGAGAACCUCAGCUAAAAUUCAAGCUAUAGUUGUGUAUGCAUGACAUUUCCCUUGUGUUAGCAAGGAUGGCAAGCACCAGGCCUGUAGGGAUGCCAGCAAAACUCCCCUGUAAGUGAACUUUGGAGGCUCAUAAUGCUCAGCUCUGAGAAGAGGCAGACAUCACAUCCCUGAAUUCUUCCUGGCUCGGUUUAAAAUAUGAGGCAGAAAAGAAUUACUUGCUUACAUACUCUCUCCUGCCCAAGCAGCAACUCACUUCUCAACUGCCCCAUCCCCAGUUCCCUUUAACUGGCAUUUACGGAUUCCAGACAUGGUGAGAAGGAGGGAGGUUGGGCCCUUUUAAAUGUAGUUUAAAGGGAAAGGGGCAGGGGUUGGGGACUUUAAAAGUAUGCAUCCCUGGCCAAAUUUGGCCUGAACUGGAAAUAAACCAAGUCAUUCCCACAGAAACAGAGGUCAAUCCAAUGGGGGGUGUUUAAAUUGCAUACGUUAGGGAAGGAAUGGGAAGGAUCAUGCUACAUGUCACACUGUAGUUUGGCUCUUUUAAAGGGGCAUGCAUAUUGCUCCUAGAAUCAUAAAAACUGUAGAGUUGGAAGGGUCCCUGAGGACCAUCUAGUCCAGCCCCCUGCAAUUCAGGAAUCCUGCCCACAACUGUCCAUGGGUGGGACUGAACCACCAACCUUCCAAUUAACAGACAAGACAUACUGAGCCAUUGAAAUGAAUAUUUUUGCUUCUAGUUUUCCCCUCCCCACGUGUAGCAAUGAAAGUUGGGGGUGGGGGGCUUUUCAGGCAUCUACCUCUUCUUCUUGGUUUCCUUUUUCUUAAUGUUUCAUUUCCUCUACUGAAAUAUUUGCUGCAGACCACAUACAGCUCAUUGCAUCUGUGAGGCUUUCUUCUUCAUCAUAUACAGUAUCAUUUCCCUUUUGUCGUUUUUCUCCUGUGGUUUCAAAAUACAUCCAGCUGCUACUCUUAAAGGCACAUUUGCCUUUUGAUCAAGUGGUCUCCAAGACAAUUGUUCUUCUCCACACAUCUGUUGCAAGACAACUGGCAGUUGGAGCAGAGUUCUUCAGCCAGGAAGAGGGAAGCAAGCUUCCUACAGCUGCUUGUUCCCUGGCCUAUGUCUGUGGCCAGUCUGGUCUUCCCAUUGCCAUGGUCUUCUUUCUGGUACAGCCUCACACUGGAACUUGUUCCCCUUGCCCAUCUCCAUUUUAUGCAUUAUAUUUGGUUUAAUGGGCAGGUCUCAGGUUUUGUUUUUAAAAAAAACAACAACAAUCUAGAGCAGCUCUGAUAAUUCUGGGAUUUGACCAUUUAAAGCCACCGUCCUAUUCACACAGACCUGAUAGUAAGUCCCAUUGAACUCAGGGGGACCUCUGAUCAGAGCUGUGUAGGAAUGCACUGUAAAUGUGCCUUUGGAUCAUCAUCCCCGACGGCAGCAUUCACAUCGUCUCACUUCCACAGCUGUACAGUAGAUGAAUAGGUAGUUAAAUGCUUUUAUCCUUAUAAUACAUGGCUUAGAUUUACUGCAUGCCAUUCUGUCUCAAACAGCACUAUAAUCUGUGGCUUAUACACAUUCUUCAUAGGUCACUUCCAGAUAGUAAAUCGAAACUGAUUUCUGACAUCUCUCCAUUUGUAAGCUACACUAGUAGUUACUCAUUUUCCAGCACUAAAUUGUUUAUCAUAGAAGAACGUAACUGAGUAAUUGGAGAAAUGAACCCUGUAUUUCCUCUCAGAAUAUACAUUCUUUUGAUCUGUUCUGCUUUGGGUUUUUUGUAGCCAUCAACAUGUCUAGCACCAUCACAUAGCCUGCUGUGUACUUGGAACAAGGAAGCAGAUUCUAAAAAUGGGAACAUUGGGGGAUCAUUGGGGAAAUAUUUAAAAGUAUCUUCUAAUUGUCAGUCUGAACUAUUUUCAUUGCUGUUCCCCUUGUAGGAAUCUGAACCCACCAUGUGAUAAAUCACCCUGUCCUAUGCUGCCCUGCUGUCAAAGUCUCUGUUUGGCCAAGGUUCUUCCCAAGAGAGAUGUGUGGAGCCCAAUGUUUGAUCAGCCAGUGGCAAAUGCAAGGAAGACAAGGCAACCUUCUGCACCCCAUACAGUUAUCUACUGUGUCUUCACCUGA